AUGAAAAGACUAGUACAUAGACGAAGGGAGGCAACUCAAACAACUACUUGUGUAUUAAUUGGACAAAUUUUAGUUUAGCGAACAUAAGACUGAAUAAGAUGAACCAAAAUAAAAAGAUGACAGACUUAAAAAUUGGAAUAUUAUGUUUGGCAAUUUCUUAGGUGAAGGACUUGUCAGAUAAAAGAAAAGAAAUAAACACAUUGAUCCUGCUUUUUUGAGAGAAGCUCCAAUGUUUUUAGGUAACAACGUAUACUCAAGUCCUUCAGUAAGGGAUAAUUUUGAAAAAUUCAUCAAAGGUGAAAUAUCAGCUUGUGAGUUUUUAACACUUAAAAACUAGUCAGAAUUGCUUGAUAGACAAAGACCCAAUUCACCAAAAAAGUUUAAAUUGUUCAGAAUUGAAUAAGAUAGUAAUAACCCUAGAAAUUAUCCUCAGAAAUAGAAAGGAUUUCUUAAAUUAUUAAAAGAUAAAUCAGAUGAAAUCUCAAAGAAAUCAAGGAUUGAAUCUAGGUUUGAUGUUUUAAGAAAUUUAAUUGAACAUAAAAUCAAAUUAAAGGAGGAGGAAGAUGUCAUCAAAAGAAGUCGAGAAUUAAAAAAUGUCGGUGUCAUCAAAUAAAUGUACGAUAUUAGCGAUGAAUAUAUAUAACUGAUAUCAAGAAGAUGUAUGGAAAAAAAAUCAAUUCAAAUUAUUUAGAAGAAUAUAGUUAAUGGAAAUCGUCUUAAACUAAUCUAACACUAAAAUCCGUAUUAAACUGUCAAAACAGCUACUUAUGAAAAUGAAACAAAAAAUAAGUAUGAUCCUCCAAUUUAAACUUCAUCCAUCAAGUUUUAGAUUAAUUAAAAAGCCAAAUAAUAUAUAGAUGAAUUACAAUAAAGAGACUUCAUUUAAAAUGAAAAAGCAAAAAAGAAGAUAUUCAUAAAUUCUUAAUAUAAAAAUAUUGUUCACUAGCAAUCGUAAUCUUUGCAUAGUCUUGGGAAUGUUAAAUAAAUAGUCCCAUUUAUUAAGUAAAAUUACUUAAAAAAUUAAUACAUAAAUAAUGACUUAGAAUUGAUUAAAUAUAUAACCGAUUAUCAGGUUGAGGACCCCUUUCAUGAUAAAGAGAUUUAAUCUAAAGUGAAAAAGUCUUUGUUAAUUUCUGCAGGGAUAGUGCCUCACAAUAAAAUUUCUAAAAUUCCCUUAAAAUAUCAUAAACAAUCAUAUUUGAAUUUAAAAGAUGGGAUCUCACAAAAAUCAUCUAGAUCAAUGGAUGAUUCUUUAAAUUCAAUGUAUGAAUUCAAUGUAGAUUCAUUAUAUAAUUAAAGUAUAAGUUUACAAAAUAAAUUAUUGGAAAAGUAGCCUGAAGGAUUUAGUAGAACUAUAAGGUCAAUUCAGAAGAAUGAAACACUAAAGAAGUAAAAAUUAUAAAAUUAAUCUUUGUAGGGAAAUCAUUUAAAAAAAUGUAUAAAAAUUAUAGGGUCUCAAAAGACUGAAAAUUGGAGAAUGA